GACAAACUUCGCGUUUGUCUUCAAGCCCUUAUUAAAAAGGUUUUAGAACAUAAUCCAUCUAAGAUAUAAAUUCAAAUAUAUUGACAUUUGAGAACAGAUUGUCAAGAAAACUUCAUGUGUUGUGAUAUUCGGAAUACUUAAGCUGGUGUGGGUUGAUAUGGCGGAUUCCUGUGAUGUGCAAAACGUCAAUGAUCCAUUGCACAGAAACUGGUUGAAGGCUGUCCGUGCUCUUAAAGUUUUAAAAUGUGGUGUAGAAGACUUCAUAGACACACAUACGAAAAAAUACCAUGAACAGUUGAAGUCCGACGCGAGAAAGCUAAUUAUCUCCGGGAAAUUAGAGAAUUGCUCUCAAUGUUUGGUGAAACACAUCUUGCCAUGGCAUGUGCGCGCAAAAAGCAGUUGUCCGUAUCGGGAAUUUCGGCAUUUAAAAUGUUUUUGUGUACAGAACAUGCGAGGAAAGCGUUUAUGUUCAUCGCCCGGAAGUCCUUGCAGUGUACUUUUCGACUUAAUCGUUGCUGGCCACUUUUCAAGAAACCCCAUUUUCAGCAGCACAGAUUGUUCACAGUGGGCGUCCGACUAUUGGUCGAUUUGCCUGUGCUACCUAAGUACACAAUGUUAUUCAAAGUCGACAUGUGCAUCUGACCUAGAUGCGGCUAGUCUUCUUAGUGUCAUGAUCAACUGCAAAUUUCUGCAUAACUAUAUUGAUGACAUAGCGCCUCUUCAGAGAGUUCGAAAAUCUAGAAAUGAAAUUCUACACUCUGCAACAUAUCAACUGUCAGAAAUUGGGAUGCGAGAUAUCAUACAAUCCAUGAUUUGCAUUCUAACAGACAAACGACACCUGCUGAAGGACCCAAAAGCCCAGCUUGCUACACAACAAUUGAUAGAAUUAAUAAAUGAUGAAGGUAUCAUAACUUUGGAAGAGGCGAAGGAGCUAGAACAAAUAGCUAUUAACAGUAUCGAAAUGACGAAGGAGAAUGCGAUUGAAACACUCACUGAGCAUACGGACUUUCAGCUUCAAAAGAUACAGAAGAAGCACGACGAGUUUUUUGAAAAAACAAAAGCUGAUUCAACAGUUUCGCAAGAUGUCUUAGAUGAUCUGCAACAGUACCUGAUAGAUACAUACAGACAAUAUUACGUGAAGGUGGAUGUGACCCCAUUAUUGCCAGAAGAAGACGAUGAUAUUGAACAUUUGUAUGUACCGCUUAGGAUGGAAAAAAUAGUUCGAACUGAGAAGACAUAUCAGAACAAUCUUGGACACGAUUUACACCAGAAAGUUAAUAGAAAUAAUGAAACCGUGCAGCAGAUUGAUACAUUUGAGGAAAUGCUAACUUCAGAUUCAUGUUUUAUGUGUCUUUGCGGCACGCUGCAGAAGAACGUAGCAUCGAGAAAAUGA